AUGUCCUAUGAGGGACUGUUGAAAGAAUUAGGCCUAACUCCACCUACAACUCCUCCUCAUAAAGCUAAUCAAGAUAAUCCUUUUAGGACUUCUCCAAAGCAGAAGUCAUCAUGUAAAACCAGUGCGCCACCUUCAAAGAAACCCCGCUAUAGUGAAUCUUCUGGUACCCAAGUAAAUAACCCCAUUAAGAAAGGUCCAGAACAAUCAGAGCUGUACGCUCAGCUCAGUAAGACUUCAGUACUAUCCAGCGGACACGAGGAGAGAAAGGCGAAACGGCCUAGUUUACGGCUAUUUGGCGACCAUGACUACUGUCAGUCAAUUAAUGCAAAAACUGAAAUACGCGUUAAUUUAUCACAGGAGCUCCAGGACUCUAGACAACUAGAAUAUAAAGAUGCCUCCCCUGGAUGUCAGGGGCAGACUCGUUCUUCCACAGAUUCAGACCAGUGCUACACAAGAGAGACUUUUCAGGCGAGCAAGCAGGGUUCCCCGUGCGGCCACAGAAAACAGCUCCAAGACCAGGAAAUCCGGGCUGAGCUGAAUAAGCACUUUGGUCACCCCAGUCAAGCUGUUUUUGAUGAUGAAGCAGACAAGACCAGUGAACUGAGGAACAGUCAUUUUAGUAACGAACAAUUCUCCAAACUACCUAUGUUUAUAAAUUCAGGACUAGCUAUGGAUGGUCUGUUUGAUGACAGUGAAGAUGAAAGUGAUAAACUACGCUACCCUUGGGAUGGGACACAAUCGUAUUCAUUGUUUGAUGUGUCACCUUCUUGCUCUUCUUUUAAUUCUCCAUGUAGAGAUUCCGUGUCUCCACCCAAAUCCUUAUUUUCUCAAAGAUCCCAAAGGAUACACUCUAGAUCAAGGUCCUUUUCUCGACACAGGUCAUGUUCCCGAUCUCCAUAUUCCAGGUCAAGAUCAAGGUCACCAGGCAGCAGAUCUUCUUCAAGACCUUGUUACUUCUAUGAGUCCAGCCACUGCAGACAUCGGGGACAUCGCAGCUCUCCCUUACAUGCAAGGUCACGCUCCAGAUCGCCCUACGGCCGUAGGCCCAGGUAUGACAGCUAUGAAGAAUAUCAGCAUGAAAAGCUGAAGAGGGAAGAAUACCGCAAAGAGUAUGAGAAACGGGAGUCUGAAAGGGCCAAGCAAAGAGAGAGGCAAAGGCAAAAGGCAAUUGAAGAGCGUCGUGUGAUUUAUGUUGGUAAAAUCAGACCUGACACCACCCGGACAGAACUGAGGGACCGUUUCGAAGUUUUUGGUGAAAUUGAGGAGUGCACAGUAAAUCUGCGGGAUGAUGGAGACAGCUAUGGUUUCAUCACCUACCGCUAUACUUGUGAUGCUUUUGCUGCUCUUGAAAAUGGAUACACUUUGCGCAGGUCGAAUGAACCUGACUUUGAGCUGUACUUUUGUGGACGCAAGCAAUAUUUCAAGUCUAACUAUGCAGACCUAGAUUCACACUCAGAUGAUUUUGACCCUGCUUCUACCAAGAGCAAAUAUGACUCUCUGGAUUUUGAUAGUUUACUGAAAGAGGCCCAGAGAAGCCUGCGCAGCCUGGAUGGAAGCAAAAACAGCGGGCACCGGACUAUUAAACCUCUUAACAUUUUGAAGUUUCUGUAGUUCAUCCUUUAUCCUGACACCCAUGUAAAUGUCCCAAAUGUGGAUCUUCCACAGCAGAUUUUAAAAGCCUUGUCAAUGGUCACACGUGCAACUUGUUCAGCAGUUCUUUCUGAUGAGUGGACACGAUGUUACGUUAUUAACGAGAGUUGGGUAGAACUAUCUGGGAUGUGUUCAGAUAGUGAGUGUAUUUACUACAUUCUCCAAUGUAGUUAAGUAUUUACAGAUGUUCA